GGGGAGGGGGAGAUCAUGGUUCAGUAUCUCCAGAGGGUGGAUGAGAAUGUGAGGGCUUUGGAGGAGCUAGAUUACACGGUAGAUGAGAAGGAGAUCAUCUAUACUGCACUCCAAGGGUUGGAUCAAGCGGCUAAUGAGGCAUUACUACAGUACCUUCACCUCGAGCAACAGAAAUGGACCAAGGUGUGGAUUUGGGAGGUUUUAAUUUCUGAUGAGGCUCGCAAGGAUACUGGCGAUCGUGGCGGUGGUGCUGUUCGUCUCGAAUUACUACCUCCUCUCCUCGCGCAUGGAGGGGGCUGCGUGGAGCAAGCACGCGAGAGGUGAUCAUGGCGUGAGGGCGAGGAGCGAG